AUGGACUCCAGCUCUCACAAACGAUAUCAUCUCCAUGAAUGGGAACCAACAGAUAUGUUUAAUGCAUAUUAUUCUAGAAAAUCUGAAAAGUAUAUCACUGAUGAGACUGUGAGAUUUCCAAUGGAACAGCUUUAUAAGGUGGCAGGGCAAGGUAUGUUCUGUUUAAUACAUUAAUACAUUUUAAAAAAUAUUACACAUUUCUCAUUUGUAUUACAUUUAAUGUCUACCUAAAAUCUACAGGGGACGUGUGCAGUAGACUUGUGCAUUGCACGCCAAGAAAAGUUUAACCAGGUUAAUUAAAAUUAAUACUGCCACAAAAACAAUCAAACCAUAAAUCAAAGAUCUGGAUGAACCAAAUUUAGAUUGUACAUUGAUUCUGUUUGUCCAGAUUUUUUUUGCAAAUUAAAUUACAACAUUUUAAAUUUCUCUAUGCUGAUGAAAAUAAAUACAUUUCAUUUAGUGAACAGGCUAAUGAAAUGCACAAUGCAGUUAUAAACAGAACAAUGACAAAAAUAUUUUUAGGAACUAGAGAAAAAGACAAAUCAGUAAUAAUUUCAUAUACAGCAAUGUGCAAUGUGUAAAGAUUAGAAAAUAACUCACCUAACAUAUAAUCUGUAUCUAGUCACAUGUAAUUACAUGCAUUAUGUAAAGUAUUCUUACAGAAAAAAAUAAAUAAAUAGGGAGCAUACCCUGAGACAAUGGUAUAUGUGAAACAUUAUAGUCCUAAUGCUUCUAAAAUAAGUGUGUUUUUAGGAUAUAAAAAAAAAAAAGUUUGAAAAUUGAGUGGUCUCAAUUUUUCUCAAAUUGAACAACCAUAGGAAAGCCCUGCUGGCUAGCUUGGAUGUGGAGUUGGCUAAGAUCAAGAAAAAAAGUUCAAAAGUUAUAUGAAAUAUUUAAUAGUAAUUAUUUUUGAUAUUCAAAUAUGUUUAAUUUCAGCUCUUUCAAUUAAAUCUAAGUGAAAAACAAAUUAAAAGUAUUUUGGAGAAGUUUUUACCUUUGUUUAUGGUUUUAUUUUUGGACUUUUUCACUGCAGGUGAAAUUACUGGUGACUAUUUGAUUGAUAUAUCUGGUGGCUGUAACAUUCACCAUCUAUUGCCUAUUUUUGAAUUUUUCAGAGACAUCACUAUUUUAGAAUUUAGUGAUCUCUGUGUAAAGGAACUAGUGAAAUGGAAGCAUAGGGAGUCGGAAAGCUAUGACUGGACUCAUGUCUUAUCGAUUAUGGCAGAAUUGCAAGGCUCAAGGUAA